GUUUGACUUCGAUACUGAGUGGGUCGGCUACAGUUUUGCGAAGAAUGUUUAAAGUCUGUAUUAGUAGUCAAAUAUACAACUUAACAGCCAAACGAAGACAACGAAACAUCUUUUUAAUCAGCCGAGAGAAUGUAGGGAUUGUUCAAAGACCUCAGGCAAUUUAAUUAUACUUUUACCUAGUUAGCGUUAGUUAUCUAGCUAGAGAUCAUAUUUUCUAGCCAGCCAGCCACCUAGCUAGCUAGCAAGCUGUCCAGUGUGGUCAAAGUACCUGAACUGGUUCGCUAGGCUAGCUUGCUAGCUAAUUCAUUGCGUAUCCGGUACCCUCGAUGAAUAGCGGCACGGUUUGGCUUUUUCGGAGUUUGCUUCGCUGGUGUGACUCAUCUAGCUAGGUAGCUGUUGACCGUGAAUUUAACGAAACAUUAUGAUAUGGGUCAGAGGGACGUUGUACCAUUGGAGACAUCCAUGAAAAGAAGACAAGGAAUUCAUCCUACCUCUAUGUGUCGACUGGACGUGGAUUCUGCUGUAACUGUACUGAAGAAGGAAGUUGAAUCCGGCGAAGGGGAUGCCCUUUCCUCGUCAAGGUAUGUGCUCGGCCGUGGGGUGAAGCGUAAGGUGAGCGACUGCGAGGACCCUACGCUGGGUCUGCCAUACCCCCAGCAGAGGCAGCUGGUGCUGGACCUGUGCCUGGACAAACUGCAGAGCUGCCAGCAGCGGGCCGAACCUAGCCUUCACCGCUCUGUCCUGCUGGCCAACACCCUUCGGCAGAUCCAGCAAGAGAUGAGACUGGAGGGGGGAACAUGCCUGCCUCCAGCCCCGUCUGCCCCUUCACUUCUUCAUGCUCCCACCCCACGCCACCUCCCCGAGAUGCCACCUGCAUCCUUAGACGUUACUCCUCUCCUCCCUGGAGAACUGUCCUUCUCUUCUCUGAUACCUGGUGCAAAUGGUGAGGCCCAAAUAGCCUGUGCAGAAAGCAAGCCACUUUAUCCACUCCCCUCAGCUGAGGUUAAUGUGAGGCCAUCAGAUUCACUUUUCGGUUCAUUUGAGAUGAUGAAUUCCACCAGCUACCUGACAGAUCUUGCGCUAGAUGACAUCUUUGAGGACAUUGAUACUUCCAUGUAUGAUCCGUCAGACAUCUCUGUUCUGGCAGUCCCAGCACCAAGAGGUAGUGGUACAGCCCCCGGGAUAGGAGAUGAUGGCCUCAAGAACUGCUCCAGCUGCACUCCCAGCAGCCCCCUGCAGCUCUGCCUCUCUGACCUCAGUGACCUGGACCACAUAAUGGAAAUCCUUGUGCACUCUUAAACCACUCGUAACCGUUUUCUCAGAUAGCUAUCCCAAUGUUUUCAAGGGGAUAUAAAAUAUUUCCUUUUUUAAACAAUUUUUUAUUUAUUUUUAUAUAAUAAAACUGAUAUUUAUAAGCAAAAUAACUAGCAUGACACACACUCACUGUAGGAUGAAUGCACAUUUAUUCUGACCUUUCAGGUGGUCAAGCUGAGACCGCCAUCUUUCGUAUUUAAGCAAAUUCAAAUAUGUAUAUGCAGGGACUUCAGGUAUCAACGCAAAGUAUUACUCUUGAGACUUAUUUAUACAAGAUUGGCACCCCCUUGUGUCAACUUUUGAAGAUAAAAGAAAAUGGAAAACUAUAUGAUCAAGUUGGACAUGUAAACUUUUUAAAAUGAUGACAAAAUACUUUUAUUUUUGUGAACUGAUCCCUUGAAAAUUCCUUUGGCAUUGUAUUUACUAUCAGUUAUCUUGGUGCAUCAAGACAUGCACGCUCAACAUUCACACUACCUCUCAAAGACCAAGAGCAAGCUCUCUCCCUGUACAGUUACAAGUGAGUGAAAUAACUGGGAAUGUUCUAUAUCAUCACUAUCAUGCCCUUCUUUCACACUGUUUUAGCCCAGAGUAACACAAACAUCCUGUUCUGUUCAGAAUUUGUCCUGGAAUUAUGUUCCUUUUUUGGAUCCUCGAGUGGAAUAGUGUUUUGCCAUCUGCUUCUGGCGGACAGUU